AUGGCCGGGUGGCUUUACGGAACGGUCGUGACGUUGAUUUGCAUCGCGCACAGGGUGACCUCAUCGGAGCUGAACAUAUUCGGCGGCCAAGGCAUCCGAGAUGCCCUCGCCGAACGCGAUCUGAUGGGUGCGAUCCAGAUACCGCUGCAGAACGGGGUGAAGUUCGUCGAUGGACUGGACGGGUUUCCGGCGUUCGGCGUCACCAGCGAGGCGGACCUGAAGUCACCCUUCAAGCUCAUCCUCUCGGACCAUCUGCAGGAUUUCGCCAUUAUCGCAACCGUCAGACCGCAGUCCAGCUCCGGUGGUUGGGUUUUCUCCGUGGUCAACUCACUCGACACCGUUGUCCAGCUCGGCUUGCUGCUGGAACCGACCGCCGAUGGUGAACAGUGGAACGCCACGCUCUACUACACCGACGCGAAAAAGGACCGCACCAGCCAGCCGCUCGCGUCGUUCCAGGUGCCGUACGGCAAGAGCUGGAUGAAGAUGAUCUUCAAGGUGCUACCGGACCAGGUCGUCUUCUACUACAACUGUCUCGAGUCCGGCAUACUGCCGGUGAAGAAAGAACCACGUAAGUUAGUGUUCGACACCGCCUCAACGGUGUACAUUGGCCAGGCUGGGCCCAUACUGAAGCGGAAAUUUGAGGGAACGUUUCUGUUCCUGAAGAUCUACGGCUACCCGGAAAUCGUGAAAACGCACUGUAACCGAACGUCGCUGCCAGUUGACGAAGAAUUCGAAGCAACUGAUGAGCUCGGAGAUGACUUUAAUUCCGAGAUGGUGUACGAUCAAAGCGGCGACGACGAUGGAUUCAAUGAGCCGCCGAUGAUAUCGCCACCACCGCCUGAUUACGGCUACCGGAUGAAGGGCGACAAGGGCGAACGGGGCGUGAAGGGGGAGAGCAUCCGGGGGCCACCCGGACCACCGGGUCCACAGGGACCGCCGGGUCCACCAGGACCACCGGGGGCGGCCGGACCCAAGGGAGGCGGAUACUUCGACAGCGAUGGAUCCGGCGAUGAGUUGAAACGCCUGUCUCAGCUCUACGACACCCUGCCGAACCGGAAACACGGAGGACAGUGCUAUUGCAAUGCAUCGCUCAUCAUCGAGGAGCUAAAGAUGGACAGCAAACUGCGCGAGUAUCUUCGCGGCCCUCAGGGCAUGCCCGGCAAAGAGGGAAAGACAGGAUCCCCCGGUCUAACGGGCGUCACUGGUGCGCAAGGUGAACGUGGUGCUUCCGGCCCGAAGGGCGAUAAGGGAGACCGCGGCGACCAGGGCGCUGCCGGACCGGAGGGCCUCCAAGGAAGCAAGGGGGAACCGGGGCUGGAUGGGGCACCCGGCGUACCGGGCCCUUCCGGACCACCGGGACCUCCGGGUCUUCCCGAGAACUACGAUACUAAUUGGAAUCCAUCGCGGAUGUUCAAGGAGUCCAUGCUGGGAGCACCGAUCCAGGGAAUGCGCGGUGGAUCACCGGGACUAAAGGGCGAACCGGGCGAGAAAGGCGAGAUUGGAUUCCCCGGCGAGAAGGGCGAACACGGCACCAAAGGUGACCGCGGUGAUCCGGGUCUGACAGGUGCCAAAGGCGAAAGGGGUCAUCAGGGGGCGCACGGACAGAUGGGCCCUAAAGGGCCCUCCGGAACACCGGGCAUCCCCGGUCUUCCCGGCCAAACGGGCGCUUCCGGUCCGAAGGGUGAAAAGGGCAACACCGGAGAAGCCGGCCCACCGGGACCAGCCGGACCGGCGGGCACGGUUAUCCACAUGGACGGAGGUAAGAACGGAACGAAGGACUGCCAGUGCCAGGCGGGUCCUCCCGGUCCACCCGGACUUCGCGGACCAUCCGGAUACGAUGGUGCGCCCGGGCUUCCGGGCGAAACGGGACUUCCGGGACAUCCGGGGCUGCCCGGGGACAAGGGCGAACGUGGGCUUCCGGGUCUAAAGGGCGAGAAAGGACCCGAGUUCAUCAUCAACGAAAAUGCCGCGUUUAACUCCUCGAGGGCAAACAAAGGCGACAAGGGCGAACGGGGACAGCGUGGACGCCGGGGAAAAACGGGCUCACCGGGACCGAUCGGACCGCCGGGAAAAGCUGGCGGCUUGGGCGAAACGUGGCCGGGACGACCCGGACCGAAAGGAGAUCAAGGACUUAAAGGCGAAAAGGGUGACAGCGUUGCACUGCGAGGACCUAAAGGCGACAAAGGUGACCGUGGUGUGGAUGGACGCGAUGGACUGCCAGGUCCACCUGGGUUGCCAGCCGCCUCGGGUGACGGGGGCGUACAGUACAUCCCGAUGCCAGGACCUCCGGGACCUCCCGGGCAACCGGGACCGCCUGGUCCACCCGGGUUGUCCAUCAUUGGCGAGAAAGGCGAACCGGGUAUGGAUUCGCGUAGUCCUUUCUACAGUGAAUCCCAGCACGGAUUCUACGGUCGACAGGGAGGCCGGUCCAGUUUGGACGAGCUGAAGGCCCUGCGAGAGCUGAAGCACCACAAGGACUUCGAAGACAGCACGCUCGGACCUCCCGGCCCCCCAGGACCUCCGGGGCCAGCCGGACGACCGUUGCAUGACAGUGACGAAAUUCCAAACAGCUACGGGGCCAACGUUCGCAUCGUGCCCGGGGCCGUUACCUUCCAAAAUGCAGAAACGAUGUCAAAGAUGUCUUCCACGACUCCCGUCGGAACGCUCGCUUACAUAAUUGACGAGGAAGCACUUCUGGUACGAGUGAACAAGGGCUGGCAGUACAUUGCACUCGGUACGCUGGUGCCCAUAGCAACGGUACCGCCUCCCACCACCACCGUCAUGCCGCCACAGCGCUCCGAUUUGCAGGCAUCGAACCUCAUCCACAAUCUGCCCCAGCCGGGCGAUGGCUCCGUGUUCACCGCCAUGCCGGAGUAUGAGUCGUUGCGGAUGGCGGCGCUCAACGAACCGUACUCGGGCGAUAUGCAGGGCAUCCGAGGCGCCGAUUUCGCGUGCUACCGCCAGGCCCGGCGUGCCGGUCUCUUGGGAACGUUUAGGGCUUUCCUUUCAUCGAGAAUACAAAACCUCGACUCGAUCGUGCGGAUAGCGGACCGUGAGCUACCGGUCGUGAACACGCGCGGUGACGUCCUGUUCAACUCCUGGAACGGCAUCUUCAACGGGCAGGGUGGGUUCUUCUCGCAAGCCCCACGGAUAUACAGCUUCAGCGGGAAGAACGUGCUCACCGACAUGGCGUGGCCCCAAAAGCUGGUGUGGCACGGUUCCAGCGCACACGGUGAGCGCGCGAUAGACACGUACUGUGACGCGUGGCACUCGCAACUACCGGACAAGGUCGGCUUGGCGAGCAGUUUGCUCGGCAACAAGCUGCUGGACCAGGAACGGUACUCCUGUGAUAAUCGGUUCGUGGUACUCUGCGUCGAGGCGGUCCCCCAGGACCGGAGGCGAAAGCGAAGGGACACCAGCAGCAGCAGCCUACACGAGUUUGCCAACGAGAGAGAGUACGACCGAUAUUUGCACAGUAUCAGCGCACUGUAA